AUGCAGCGCACUGCUCCAUCUCCACUUAAUCUUCGACCACCGGGUUCUCCUCUCUCAUCAUUUGCACCCAGUCUGCUAGCCACCUCUCCCUUUACUACAUCCCACCGCGGCAUUCCCGUCCAAAUCUAUCUGCCUAAGAUUGUCGUACCCGCAAACACCAUCGGUCCCGGCGGACUGAAGCUAGGCGACAACGGAGUAGCCGAGACCGACGCCUUCCUCCUUGGAUACACCCACCCUAAGAGCGGGAAGAUCACCCUCAACCGCGCAGUUUUUCUACCCUUGGGCGUGUGGGCCAACGCGCAAGAUAGAGUGCGAAAGGGUCACUACCAGGUACUGGAGAGCUAUGCAGCACCGAAUGGAAGACCUUCAGUACCGCAUCGCGCUGCCUAUGAGAAGGUCAAGCAAGCUUAUGAGAUGAUGAUCAUGGAAUCUCCAGUAGCGAGAGAGCGAGAAUUGACAAAGAGGUGGAGGGCUAGUAGGGGAAGGAUGACGGCGACUCAGAGGGGUGCCGUCUGGGAAGGUUGGGCGGUGGAGGUUGACAGAGAGAUCGCUCUGGAUAAAGAGGACAGAAAGGGUGCUUUUGUGCAGAAUGCGCUGGUUGAUGGAGUUGAUGAGAAUAGUGAUGAGGCUAGGAGGAGGAGGGAGAUUGAGGAGUUGCUUGAGACGGAUGAGGCGUGGGACUAUGAGGAGGACGAGAACGACGAUGACGAGGACGGAGUUGAGCAGGAUUACGGGGAUGAAAUGGAGGAGGAGGAGGAUGAUGAUGAUGAUGAGGGGGGUAGCGAUGACGACGACGACGAUGAUGAUGAUGGAGAAGAAGAAAAUGAGGUGGAGGACGGUGAGGAUGAGGAUGUGUAUAUGGACGGCUAG